AUGGAUUCAAGAGGAGAGGUGAAAAGGGUUGGCGGAGUUAAUAAGAACAAGGUUGGUUUGCAAUUUCUGCUUACUCGUAUCCGUCGGAAUGUUGGGAAAGGUCGACAGAUUCAGCAGAUCGAUGCAGCCGCUGCAGUUUAUUUGGGCGUUGUUCUUGAGUACCUGACCACUGAAGUAUUGGAAUCGGCUGGAAACUUAGCCAGAGGCAGCAGCAAAAAAGUGAUUGAAUCGAAGCAUCUUCUUCAGGCGGCUAAGAAUGAUAAGGAAGAACUGGGGAAGUUGCUGGCUGGAGUGAUUACUGAUCCGGAACAUGACCUGGAUUGUCUCAAUCUUGGAUUCAAACAGAUUCAUCUUCAUGAUCAUUGA